UACCAUCCAACGAGUCAAAGCCAGAAAAUGUAGAGUGAAAACAGUUUAAAGGAUAGUUAAUUGCGAAAAAUGGUGUGGGAUCGAACUCUGACCGAAUUUCCAAAAGGCUCUUGUUGAAAUCGAAAAUGCCUCCCGGUUGGGCCAAUGUCCGAUUGAAGUCGAGAGAAUCUCCAGUAAACAAUAUGCAAAACUCGGACAGCUCGAAGCUUCUUUCCAUCUUAAGUACCAAAUCAAGCAAAAAACAGGGAUUUUUCCCAUCGAUAGAUCCAGACGUUGUAAAAUGGAAACAGGACAUACGAUAUAAGGCUGCUAAAACCGUCAUAUCAACAUCAACAACGAUAAACCAUCUCCCUCGGGAUAUUCCAAUUGACGUCUUGGAACAAUAUAAUAACAGAAUACAUGGUGCUGACAAAAUAUUCAAUCUGCCUAAGGUUACAAUGAACUAUAGAGUCUCUCAUAAGAAAGCAGAGAGUCAGUUUAUACUUAAGGACAAUUCCGCUUACACAAUAACAAAGCCCGCAGCAUUCGGGGGCAUUAGUUCCGCAAGUAAUAUGAGCAAACCAAGUUUGGCCAUCAGCCAAGAUAGGAUGGUCGUGGCGAACAUGCCUGAUACCCUAAAACUUGUAAAAGACCACAGUCUCGUGUAUGUAUACCCAGGCAAUGCAGGACCUGGCAACGAGGAGACAUCUACAUUUCGAUUCCCCACACUUGAAGAUGCAAUCAAAGCUCAAGAACAGAAACGCUUGGACAAGAUGCAUCUUAAACAACUACAGAUUACGCGUAAAAAGGAACUGACACUCCCCGAUUUAAAGCUACACAAAGAUAACUCAAUAUUUAGACCAGAUCGAAUGAAUAACAACUUACCAACUAUCAAACAUCCAGAUCAUACAACUAACGUCCCAGAUCGAAAUUUAACUUUAGUUCCCGAAAUUAAGUCCCCAAUACCAGAAAAUGAGUCAUCAAAUGUAGAACAUAGAAGCGAAACGAUGGCAACUAUAAAUCUAGGAGAUAAUACUCCUCUGAGAGAUAUCAAGGACAAUGUACUGAGACAGAGAGCACUGACUAAAAAUAUCGCCCAAAAACUUGCCAAUAGUUCUAACUCACCUGGUAUAACAGUUCAAGAGCACACACGAGGAAAGGUGAAAUUACACAUUAAACAAAAUAUAAGUAAAAGAGUUGAACCCAUUGAUCAUUCUAAUUCUAAGGAAAAUCCCAACCAACCGACGCUUACUGUGUGCUUAUCUAAGCCUUUUGUUGAACCGAAACUCAUUCCUAAACCAAGGUCCAAACCAAGGCUAAAUCCGAUCCAAGACCACAUAACAAUAGUAAGAGCGAACAUUGAAAAAAUGCGCGAGCGAAUCGAAAAGCAAAAGCAGGAGUUACAAAGAGAGGUUGAAAAGAGAAAAAGGGUUCAUAUUGAACAAUCCACUCCCACGAAUGAGCAACAGAAACAUAUAAUACAAUAUUCGCGUAAAAGUCCAUAUCGAAGUACUCCUCAAAAUAAUUCAGAAAAACGUCAAAUCUUUCAAAAAGAGAAAAUAAGUUCAUUUUUGAGCGUCCCUGUAAAAGAGACUGGACAAUCAAUUGGACCUGCUGGUAAACAAAAUAUAAAUACGGACGACCCUGGGAAUCAUAUCAGCAACAAUCCCCUUACUUAUACAAUUGCUUUAAAUGACGAAAUUAUUGAAGCUGAUAUAAAAAUCAUUCCUGAGCCACUCCCAUCAAUAGCUAUUACCAGCGACCACACCUCAAGUAACGAUACUACUGAACACACCGAUCAUUUCAUAAGGGAACAGAGUUUAUUGUAUGAACAAACUAAAACUGAAGAGAAAAAAGUUACGAUGGACAUUGCGUUGCCUCAAAUCAAAGUAGAAACUGCUGAGACAAAGACGUCUAUAUCAUAUCAGCGAGAUUUCAGCCGAUGGCACACCGAUACAUCGAGGAAACAGUCCACAUUUCUCAAGGGUGAGGUGUUUGGGCCAAAUCAUCACACAUUAUUGCCUAUAUCUAUACCAACAGCUGGAGACGUAGUGGAAAGAACACCUCUUCAGAGUGAGGAAAACGAUGACAAUGACUACCAAAUUAAAGAGAAUGUUAUUGCUCAAGUACAAAUAGACAGUGAUGAUAUGAAAACGCUUGCAAACGAAGGCAACUAUCCCGAUGAUGCAAGUGAACGCGACGAGGUGGAAAAUGUCGAAAUAUCCCCGCAAGACAAUAUUCAUGUUGAGAAACGUAGUCCAGACAAUGGGCAAACUGGUGAGGUUAAAUCCUACAAUCAUUUUGACAACGAACAACAAGUUACAAAGAAAAAUGAAGAUGAGAAUACUGGAGUUCGAUUUGAUAACGUAAUAGAGAUCAGAGAACGGACAUAUGAGGCAGGACCACCAUCCAUGGACGGUUUCAGCUCAGACGAUGAAUCCAACUUAAAUGAUCUGAGUGAAUAUGAAUCAAGUGUGGACUGAGUCAUCACACGUUUUAGCUCUGAUAUACAUGUAUCAUCUUUAACAAUGAAUAAGGCAUUCCAGAGAUUUGAAUAUUUAUCAAAUGCAAUAUGAAUACAAAAACUUUCAUACACUUACAUAAUGAAACAAAUGCCCCCAGGAAGGACUUUUUGACAUAUUUGCACAUUGUUUUUGAGUGUAAUCGCGAUAUACCUUGAGCACUAUGUCAAUAUACAUUACACGAGUUAAAUUCAGCCACAUACACUGUUCUAAGAACAUUUAUCGUUCAACAAGGUCACUGGAAACAACGGGACAAAGCGUCAUUCAAAUGGAAACAAUGCUGAACGAUUUAAAACAUGAUCACCUCUUUAUAUGGACGACACGUUCAUGCAAUUAAGAGUCAUUUUCCUAUUUUCACUUUUGUCAUGAAAUGUGACUCAAUGCUUAUAUUACUUUUCGUGUUUUCCAAGAAAAUGUAGACUUCAUUCUUGUACUUUACCUCGCCUUUCUACCUCAUCUGAGCUAUGCGAUCGAGAAAGCCUCUGAGUUACCUGAUACAAAUAAUAUUGGAAGUAUAACCUCUGUUUGCUAUACUGCAUUU